AUGGACGGACGGAUGGACGGGUGGAUAGAUCGAUGGCUGCGGCCGCAGAUGGGCUUCCGCGCCAUCCCCAGGGGCCUCCUGGGCUUUGUGGUGACUCUCCACCUCCUGCGGUUGGGAUCAGCUCAAUUCAGAGUGGUGGGACCACGCCACCCUCUGCGUGCCACCGUGGGGCAGGACAUCGUGCUGCCAUGUCACUUGUCCCCCGCCGUGGACGCUCAGAACUUGGAGAUCAGGUGGAUCCGGCACCAGAUCUCUGAAACGGUGCACCUCUAUCGAAAUGGAGAGGACGUGUACGGGGCACAGAUGGAAGAGUACAUUGGAAGGACAGAGUUGGCCAGAGAUGGUCUCUCCAGUGGAAUCCUGGACUUGCGGAUCAGUGGGGUGAGACCCUCUGACGACGGCCAGUACGUCUGCACUGUGCGAGAUGCUGACUCCUAUGGAGAAGCUCUGGUGGAGCUGGAGGUGGCAG